UAGACCGCCACAGCUUACGCUGGAAACGUGUACGCAAGUACGGAGUACAGAGCUAAAUAAAACAAGGAUUCGGUUACAACUGCCCCAGGGCGCUUCGCUAGUUGCUCGGCCGGCGGAGGCGAUUAGCGCCCCAGACUAGACUGCUUGCUGUCUUCUCGCUCCACUCCUCCCCCCCAACCUCUGAUCCUCAUUCCUCAUCCCUCUAUCAUUCUUCUUCGUUUCCUUUGGUCCUUGCUUCGUUUUCUCUCUCUCUUUUUCCUCCCAGCUCGCCCCUAUAUAACCCCUCUCCGCUCCUUCAAUUGCCCCGUUAUUAUUAUUCCCGCUUCCUCAGCUCGCAGCAUCCCACGCGCACUCUCUCCCUCUAUUAAUUUCUCCUAUCCGUCUAUCCUUCAUUGUUGGAAACUUUUAUUCUUAUCCUUACUUAAUAUGAGACCGUAAUUCCCACUCGUCUCGGCCUCGUCUUCUUCUUACUCGCCGAGGUUAACCUCGAUAUACCAGAGAACCCACUACCUAGAGGGAGUUCUCAACGCAAUAUACACCUCGAGUUUCGCCAACCUGCCCGCCUCUUGGGCUUCAUCCCCGUCAAUCAAGGGUGACCAUGGCUUGUACAGCCCCUUCCGUGACCAUGGAGUCCCACGCAGACCCUGACCUAGCUUCCAAUGCUUCCGGUUUCGCUACCCAGGACGAACGUGCCAGUUUACUGCGUAACAGACGGAGAAGGCACUCUUUUCAUACCAACAGACGACUAUCCUGCGACUAUGAUGCGGAUGCUAUAUUCUUGCGAGUCGAAUUAUUCCUCACAGAAAUGGAGCGACGGUUACAAUGGCUGGAGGAAUAUCGGCAAUCACACAUAACACAUAUCGACGCAAGGCUAAAACGAGGAUAUGCCGCCCUGGUUUCCGUGCGGGAUUCCUGCUCCCAUGCCUCCGGGGAGCUGAUGGGAAGCGGCAAGCGACGAGCCAAAAUCCUGGUGGAAACGCUGGAGGAUCGUUAUAAAGAGGCUCUCGCAACAAAGGAAACUCUCGAACAAAAAGCCCAGGCCAGCAUGCGUUUGAUGGAGAAUUUCCUCGGCGAGCUCGAGGUCAGUGCGCAGGCCGUGCGCGAUCGGGGUCUAUAUGGAACGUUGGACGAUGGAUGGCGCGCCGUGGAACCGGGCCUAACGCACGCCCGCGAAGUCAUGGAUGAGAGCGUCGAGCGUGCACGGGAAGCCCUGCAAAAGAACAUCGAACGUGCGAUCCAUCUAGCCAAUGAAAGGCGGCUAAUCCAGUACUCCGACCUGCCGCACCCUUGGAGGGUCAACCCAUACAUUCUGCAGGGUUACCGUUUCACAACUUCCAAGAUCGAAUGUGUAACGUCCGUCUUUACAUUCUCCAACGAACUCUUCAACAUCUGGUCGCACUUCAUUGGCCUACUCGUCGUCCUGGCCGUGGCAUUCUACUUCUACCCCGCAAAUCCGAACUUCACACUCAGCACCAAAACCGACAUCACAGUCGCUGCCAUCUUCUUCGUUGCCGCCUGCAAGUGCCUUGUCUGCAGUACCCUAUGGCACACAAUGAACAGCAUCGCGUCACAGCCGCUCAUGGAACGCUUCGCCUGCGUCGAUUAUACCGGGAUAUCCCUGCUCGUCGCCGCCUCAAUCGUCACGACGGAAUACACUGCCUUCUACUGCGAACCAGUCUCCCGAUGGAUCUACAUCGUCACGACGUCUAGCCUAGGCGUCGCCGGCGUCAUUCUCCCCUGGCACCCUACUUUCAACCGCGCGGACAUGGCAUGGGCGCGCGUUUCCUUCUACGUAACCCUGGCAGCUACAGGCUUCGCACCCAUGGCCCAACUAAGCCUGACAAGGAGCUUGGGCUGGUCUCUAUACUUCUACGCACCUCUACUAAAAAGCCUGGCCGUCUACCUGCUGGGAGCGAUGAUAUAUGCGUUACAGAUCCCUGAGCGCUGGCUCCCUGGCUUCUUCGACUACAUCGGCGGCAGCCAUAAUAUCUGGCACGUCGCUGUGCUUGGGGGAAUCCUGUUCCACUAUACCGCCAUGCAGGAUCUUUUCACGGGGGCUUUCGUCCGCGCGGAGGGUGAAUGUCCGUCUCUAACGAUGUAGAUAAGACGUUUAGGUUUUUUUCUUGGCUCCUCGUGCGCUCCUCUAUCCAGCCUAUCUAUCUUUGCCGGUUCAGGUGAUCGGAAAUAAUUGCAUUGAGCCAACUUAGAAGACCCCGCGAAGGGGGCCAGCUGACAUCCUCAAUUCCCCAGCCUCUCCCAGGGAGACACCUGCACCCGGACGAUACACAUGUGCACCUCUUCACGCAACAACGUUCCGAGCAUCCUUUCGAGCUAGCCGGGUGGUAGCGCACGUCAACCGGGGUGGGUUGCUCACAAAUAGACCACAACGCAAAACCAACCCCAACGCUGCCCCCAUUUACCUCCCUGCCUUUCCACUUCUCUAUCGUUUCCUUUUUUUUUCUACACGCGUUUGCACCAAUGGGGAGAUGAAAUAGCAUGGGGAACAAAGGGGAACAAAAAGUAAAGGAAAACAAAGGAAUAAUCAUACAACAAACGCUCCGUUCGAACCAGAUGAACUUGUCGACUCCUGUCGUUGCUCGGUUACAUGAGACACCCCCUUGCGGGGUAAAAAAGGGAAGGGGAGGGGGAAUAGCCAUUUUAAUAAUAAUGAUUUAAUCCUGUGCGUGGCAUGGCUGAGGGGUGUUGGGCUAUUUCAUAUUUUUUUUGUUCGUUUCUUGUGUUCUUUCGUUGCGAGGGAUAGAAGAAAGGGUAUAGAAAAGAAAAAGAUGAUGUGGGUGGAUGUGCAUGUACUUCCCCCCGUGUUUAGGUUUAACCGCCUGGGGGUUUAAAGAAAGACAGCUACGGACUGUACCUAGAGUACCUACCUAGGGAGGUAGGUAUGUAUAUAUAUAUAUAUAUGUGUUUGUGUGUGUGUGUGUGUGUGUUUAGCUCUUCUUUUGCUUCCACUGUUGUCUGUUGUAAAUAGCAGAAUAGCAGAGGGGGGUUUUGGUAUAUAUAUUUACGAAAUGUUCGUGUAUAUAGAAAAAAAUAAAAAUAAAAAUCUAUUAAAAUAACA